AUGCCAAGGAUCACGGCUCUGUGCAUCGCAUUCGUGGUUCUCUGCGUCGCAUGUGCCGGGAUCCUGCCCCUGGAGGUCGCCGCGAGCCUCGACAGCAGUGAGGGCGUGCGCGAGGUGUUGAGCGAAGCGCUGCCGACCGCGGAGGAGGGCGCCACGAAGCUUCCACUGGGCUCGGUUGUUCCCCUGGACAGCCUCGGCCCCGUCAUCGUUACGACAAAGGGCGGCGUGCGUCGCAUCAGCAACUGGGCCGAGCUGUCCCCCCAGGAAAAGGCAACCGCACUGCGCCGCAUCGCCGUGCGGAACCGGGAGCGCAUCCAGGCGCUGCAGGAGAAGGCGGCCGCGGGGAACCUCGACGCGCAGUCCCUCCCGGAGUCCGUCCGCUCCCUCGUCGAACAGGCAGCCCACCAACAGCAACAUCAAACACCUGCUGAGCAAACCAGCGGCGGCGAGGAGCAGCCGCGGGCCGACCUGUAG